UCCACUGGCCAGUCAAGAAGCCACGCCUCCUCGCCUCAGUGUAUAAGAUGGCCAGCGCAGCUCAGAAGGUCUCGCUGGAGGUCUGAUACACUACGUCGUAUCACUUACACACCUGAACCACACACUGGAGUUACACACCCGAGCUGCAUCUCUUACACCUGUCCACCUGCCACAGUCGUCGUCAUGGGAACAAUGCUCCUCUUACUUCUAGUGCUGAGUAUUGGAGACCAGACGGCAGCGGUGAAGGUGUUGGUGCUGCAGGAGGACGGCGUCAUGACCAACAACUCAUGGGCUCAGAGCACCGUCACGGCCCCCCGCACCCCCUCCGCCUCCGCCUGCAUCAGGUUCAAGGUCUUUUUCUUUAGGCCGCUGACACACGUGUUUUCUCUCACCUCACGGGAACAGACGAGAGAGAUCAACGGAGAGAUCUUUGUGGACUAUGUUCGACCCAUCGUGUCAGCUGCUUUCUACUUCCUGGGGAUCACUGAGCCAUUACAGGUAUUGACGUGGUACCAUUACUGCCUCACCUACGACCACACCCUAGCCCACAUCUCUGCCUACCUAGACGGAGAGCUACAAGGGGUCAUCUCCAGGAACACUACAAGGUGGUUCGCUGAGGCCACGCUGGUGUUGGGUCAGUACAGUAUAGAGUACCUGGACGCUUACACCAAAACUCGCAGCUUUAGUGGCCAGCUGACUCACGCUGGGGUGUGGAGCAGGACACUGUCCCCUGAGGAGAUUACCGAACUGGCAUCCUGUGGCCCUGAUCCCCCGGGACUCACAAUUCCCUGGGACCACGAGUGGAUUCUCAACAAUGCCUCCUUCAUUGACCUGCCUGAAGACGAAAUAUGUGAGAAGAAGACCAAUUCAUUAUAUAUCAAAUUCUCCUCUAUGCCUUACGAGGCGGCCCGGAAGGCUUGUGCUGGACUCGGGGGUUAUCUGCCGGUACCUCAGAGCCUCGAUCACGCUUACGAGCUGAUUCGAGUCAUGUAUGAGGAACCUGUAAUGACCCUCAUUUGGAUUGGCGCCACAGACGAACUGCAAGAGGGUUUUUAUAUCAACGCUCACACAGGGAAGGAACUAGAGUGGUUUGAAUGGGGUAGUAACGAUCCAAAUGGACUUCAGUGGCAGAACUGUCUCGUAUUUGAGUCAGACUUCUUACACGACUAUCCCUGCCACGUGAGUCGGACAGCAAUGUGCUUCCUUCCCACUCAAAGAAAGUGGACACUCAGAGGUCCCUGUGAGGAAGACACCGCCAACUACAAAUACAGUCUCCUGCACCCGGAACAAGGUAAAGUGGAGUUCCGGGGUUACUACCAGUAUGAGAUCGUUGAGGAGGACGAGUCUUGGGUGUGGCGGAAUGUUAUCACCGACGAGGUUAUCGCUCGACUUCCUUUCGAGGAGGAUCGCUGGCCCAUGGGACGUCGGAACUGGACGAUGAAGAGUGAAGUUUGUGAGAAGAAAGGCACCCAACUGCUUCAACUCAGCUCGUGUACAACGAGCGAGUUUACCUGUAUGGAUGGUUCAUGUGUCUCCCGCUUGAGGCGCUGUGACCGUCGUCCUGACUGUCUCGACGAGAGUGACGAACAAGACUGUCAACUGGUUCAUCGACCCAUCGGCUACCACCACACCUUACCGCCUCCGAGUAAUGUCACUGGGUCACCAUUGACUGUUGGUCUCAAGAUGAAACUGGUGAGUCUUUCUCUGAGUGACAAGGACAGUUACCUGGAGGUCACUUACCAUCUCAACAUGACAUGGAGUGACCUCAGACUCCUCUUCCACAAUCUUAAAUCUGCUUCCCGCCUCAACCAAGUGCCGGUGGGGGAGCACAGCAGACUGUGGACCCCGACUCUAACUCUAGUGAACGUGAGAGGGACGGAGAGAACCAUGGUGGAUGAUGAGGCCGUUCUUACCAUUCACCGCAAGGGCCAGCCUCUAGACGAUGACCUAUCCAUGCCCGAGGACGUCAAUGUUUACCUUGGGAUCGAGAACCACCUGAGUGUAGAGAGGAAAUACACGUCCCAAUUCCUGUGUGAUCUGAACCUUCACCUGUAUCCCUUCGACGUGCAGAGGUGCUUCAUGGACCUCGAGGUGCUCUCCGCCGCUACAGACUUCGUGGUGCUGGAAAAUAACUCCUCUCAAGUCUCUUACGUCGGGGCCAAGCUGCUUAUUGAGUACACAGUGGUGAGCGUGGCACUGCAGAUCAACAACAACAAGACACUAGCAGAGGCAGAGGUGGAGGUAUUGUUGCAGCGUCGUGUGGGUUAUCCUAUCAUCUCCAUCUACGUGCCCACAGUUAUUCUCCUCAUCCUCGCUUACCUCUCCCUCAUCUUCAGGAGAAACAACUUCGAGGCCAGGGUAAUGUCAGCCCUCACCGUCCUCCUCGUGUUGGCUGCCCUCUUCACUCAGACGUCGACGUCCUUGCCCAAAACGUCCUACUUCAAGAUGGUGGACGUGUGGCUGCUCUUCAGUAUCUCUCUCAUUUUCUUCGUUAUCGUCUUUCAUGUAAUCAUCGACAUGGCGAGCGAGGGUAAAUUUAUCAGUAUGUCCAGUAGAUCAUUGUCUCCCGUGAAGGUCGCCCCAGUUGGCGAAGUAAUUCCAGUGGUGUCGAAGGACGCUCCUGGCCACCUCCCUUCCAUCAUCUCUCGCUGGCCCUUGUCCAUAGAUGGAGAUACAGACGAGGAGAAGAGCAAGAAGCUGUCCGACAAACUCUUCAGGCAGGCGCUGAUCUUCAUCCCCUGUUACUUCUCAGCCUUCAACUUUAUUUACUGGCUCUAUAUAUUUGCAUAGUGUGACCCUCUUACCUAUACAUAUGGAGUCAGAGAGAGACACACCUACUUAGAACUUUUAAUAUUCCACAUCUGAAAUAUCUAUUCUACAUUUUCAAAUAAUCACAAUACGGUUGACACUAUAUAUUUACGCUUUUGCUAUAUAUGGAUAUUCUAUGAUGUAUCUGGCAAUUGUGUCUCUGGUAUAGCCUAUGGGUCUGUAUACACACAUGUACUGUAUUCAGACAGUAAGAGUUCUUUAUAGUUAGUAGGACCAGCCGUUGUAUCCACAGCAUGAUGGACUUACUUCCCUUGUCAGUCAGUUCCUUUUAAGAUAAGCUUUUUAUUUUAAGCUAUAUAUAAAAUAAACAUCAUCCACAUCACUUGUGUGUAAAUAAAUAAGCUGCACUAGAAAGUUUACAGCCACUAGUUCCCUCCCACACACAGUAUCGAGUGACUCCCAGGGCGUCUUCAUCGCCGAUCCAGGGUAACACAGCUCAUUACAUCACUCCUUCCUUGAUCAUACUAUACGGUUCUAUACUUACUGGCUGCUCUUCUACUAACUCACUGAAAUUUUUCAUUCUGUAGUGUUUUCUGGUGAUGUGUAGUUAUUUAACUUAUACUUAUCAGUCACAACGUUGAGCAACAAAAGAUUUAUCUAAAAAAAAUGCAAUAAAUUUUAACAUUGAUCUAUUUUGACGGCUUUGAAAGGCUCCUGCUGAAGAUUCUUGAUAAAAUGAAUUUUAACUUUUAUUAAACAAUGCGCUCCUCUCAGUCUCAGACCUCCAUAAAAUAUAAUGGUAUGAAAGUGUGGAACAACUUACCCCCACCCAUCCAAGCAAAGACUAUGCUCCCUUCCC